ACUGCAUCAGCCUUGCCUCCAUUCAGCUACAGCCUCGCAUACGUCCAAGACGACCAAUACAAUCGCCCUCUCCGCGACUCACAAAACCCAACUCGCCUUGUCCCAUCUACAUCCGCGACAAUGCCGUCCGAACGCGAGCUCCAGAUCAACCCCAUCGUCCCCGAGUCUGUGGUCCACAACUCCAAGGCCCUCUCCAACCUCCACAGUCUCACUGCCUCCCUUUUCGGCGUCAGUGCUGGCAUCCUUGGCCUCGAAUCAUACUACGGCUUCCUCAUCUACUUCGUCUUCUCCUUCAUCACCACUCUCCUCUUCUACUUCCUCAAGGUCGCCCCCGAGUCCAUCCCCAAGGGCCACGCUCCCCUCGACCCAUCCCGAUUCUACCGCGGCUUCUUUGACUUUUGGAUCAGCGGCAUGUUCAACGGCAUCUCUGGCUUCGUCUUGACAUGGACGUUAUUCUAUGGUUUGGUCCGAGCCUAG